CAUCAGCUGCAGCGCGGGCCCCAAGUCCUAUAUCGCCGCCGUCGACCACGAUGACCGUCAGCUACCAGUCCAAGGUGUCGUCGUCGAGCAGCGGGGGAUUCACCAAACUAUUGUUCCUGUGGCGGGGUAGUCUGUACCAGGUGCUGUACAGGGAACUCUUGUUGUUCAUGGUGGCGUUCGUCAUCAUCAGCGCUCUGUACCGGAACGCGUUCACCGACGCGCAAAAGGAAAUAUUUGAAAAAAUAGUUCGAUACUGUGAUGCCUUUAUUAGUCAAUUACCAUUAUCCUUUAUCUUAGGAUUUUACGUGACUUAUGUAGCCAAAAGAUGGUGGAACCAAUACUUGGCGAUUCCAUGGCCCGACAGAGCAAUGCAUGUGAUAUCGAUGUAUGUUGAGGGCAACGACGAUUACGGUUGUAUGAUUCGAAGAUCACUAAUGAGAUAUUUGAUUUUGACAUUGAUUUUGGUAUUGCGUUCUAUCAGUUCACCGGUGAAAAAACGUUUUCCAACAUUAGAGCACGUCGCUGAGUCAGGCUACAUGACCGCCGACGAGAUAGAAGUAUUUUAUUCACUCCCUAAGGUGGAGUUUAAUACUUAUUGGGUGCCUUGCACUUGGUUCAUAAGUCUGUUGAAAGAAGCCAGAAAGUCUAAGCGGAUUGAAGAUUCCGAAGGAGUGAAACUCAUAAUGCAGGAAUUUAUCGACUUCAGAUCAAAAUGCGGUUUUUUGUGGAGCUACGAUUGGAUCAGCAUACCGUUGGCGUAUACGCAGGUUGUUACGAUUGCAACAUAUUCAUUUUUCAUCACUGCCGUUGUUGGGAGGCAAUACGUGGAAGGAUCAAACAAAAUGCUGCAAACAGAACUUGACGUAUAUAUACCAGUGUUUACAAUCGUUCAGUUUUUGUUCUUCAUGGGACUUUUAAAGGUAGCUGAACAAUUAAUAAAUCCUUUUGGUGACGACGAAGAAGAUUUUGAAUUAAAUUACUUGAUCGAUAGACACACAAAGGCAGCCUAUUUGGCUGUAGAUUAUCUUGCUAAGAUUAAAAUUCCUUUGGUCAAAGAUAUUUACUUCAACGAGUUGGAAGUAUCGAUUCCGUACACAAGUGCGUCUGUACCGUCCAAAAAAAAAUCACACAGAGGAUCAGUUCACCACAUGCCUGUUCCUGAAGACAAACAUAUGAUGUUUUUACCCGAAAUAAUAGAAGAGGUCGACCCCGACCGUUCGAGAAGCAGAAGGACAUCAAUGUGUUCGACCAAAAGUGAAGGAAAAAUCAAACCGAACAGGGAUAAAUUCAAUGAUUCCUUUGGAAUUAUGCAGGUAGUACAACAGCGGACAACGUCAAACGGCUGCGGUGAAGUCGGAGGAGGACAGAACUCGAGCGCGCCGGCCAAACGCGGUGGCGGCGGUUUCAGACAGCUGGCUCAGCGCAAGUCGGAUGCCGCGCAACCGGUGGUGCUGGUGUCAAUGACCCGGCGACCGAGCUACAAUUCGGGACAGUGGAAGCCGUUCAAGUGGAAAUCGUCGGACUGCGGCGAACAGCGGCGCGCUUCCAUCGGCGGCGGUGGCAGGCACCCGGAACAGCAUCAGCAGACUGAUGUGGACCUGCAGAAAGGGGACCGACCGGAAGCAGCGACGGUGGUACCGGAAGGACGCGUCAACGUGGCGUUCGUGCCGGACAGACUGCAACAUGACGUGUGAUGUGCAUUACUGCGGCGGCGCAUUUGAGAGGGAUCGUCGGGUUGUAUGAUCCCCGAUCCACAAAUCCCUCUCCACCAAUGCGAACCAAAAUUAAAAUAUUACCCCCACCAUUUAAUCAUUCCAAUUCCAGCUACACCUUAAAUUAAUAAAAGUAAUUGUUGUUACGGUUACAUAUAGGUAACCGCGUCAUCGCACAACGAGUAUUUUACUAAUUAUUUUUCAAACUCCACGAGUUUUGGAAGUGACACAAUAGUGUCACAAUAUUUUUGUUUUUGUAAAAGAUAAUAUGAUGUUAAUUUAUAAAGAAAAUUUUUAUGACCUCAUACAUUCUUACAAAAACCUUCAGUCCCCCAACUAUUCGAAAUUUAAAAAAUACAGUAUUGUCUCUAAAAAAUCCUAAGUACAUCACUGACACUAAUAUUAUGUGUUAAACAACUUUUUUAAAUUUUAAAUUUAGAUGUUUAAUAAAACAAAAUAAAUUCCUAUUGUAAAUGUUAAAUCGUGUACAUUUUUAUUCUGAUGAAACUGUCAUAAAUUAAAACCACGAAAUAAACCUUUUUUGACAAAUUGUUGAAACAGAACUCUUUCAUUUUAAGUAGCAACAUUUCAUUAAAAAGCCUAAAUAUUUGGCUGUGGAAAUUUAUUUUAGGGCAGACUAGCUACGUAUUCCUCCUAAUGAUUGAUUUGAAUAUAUUUCUGUGGUCCAAUCAUUAACGUAAUCACCUCACCAGUUAAGUAAUUGUGUAUAGUUAUUAUUUUAUUUAAAUGUAUCGUUAUAUUAUAUUAAAUGUAUUUAUCCAACCCCCUUUAAUAUCAGUUGCAGGCUUAUCUUCAAUUUACCAGUCACUAAUAACGUCUUCAAGAAAGUAUGUCUAGCCGUAUAAGUACCUACUAUCUAUUAUAGGGAUCAAUCAUUAUAUUCUUCCUCACAUUGACUUUUGUUUUUAUAACUGUACCUAUACCUAAUUAUAUAGAUAUAUAAUUUCAUAAUUUUUUAUGUUGCUUAUGGUUAUUUAAUACCCAGAUAGUUAAACAUAAUAAUUUAAUUUAAUUAUUAAUAUUUUCAUCGAGAUAUAUUA